AUGGCCUUUAUCCCGCUAGCUUUAAAGAUUGCUAAUUUGUUUGCUUACCUAUUUCUUUCUGGUGUUAACGUUUAUUCGGGUUUUUUCGAAGACAAGGAAAAUUCACCUUACCAUAAUAAUUAUAAUACAUUUAUUACUCCAGCUCCUUUUGUUUUUGGUGUAUGUGGUCUCAUUCAUUUCUUAUUGGGAGGCUUCGUUAUCUAUCAAUUCUUUGAUUCUGCCACAGAAGCAGUAGUUGAUGGAGUUCGUUUUCACUUUAUUAGCAUUGCUCUACUUAACACAAUUUGGUUAGCUCUCUUACAAAAUAAUGAACCAAUUUGGGCCUGGAUUGUUAUUCUUACUACAGCAAUUCAAGUUUCAUAUGUUUAUUACGUUCUUAAAUACAAAUAUCAACCUCAGAAUAUUAACGAUAUUAUAUGGAUUCAUUCUCCAUUCUCUUUAUAUCACGCUUGGAUUGUUGUUUUAUGUGUAAUAUCUACUUUUAUGGCUUUUUCGCCUGCAAAAGAAAAUCCGGAUGAUAAACCAAAUUUUUGGGUGAGAGCUUUCGUUAUUUUAGGAAUAUUAUUCCUAGAAGGUACUGUUUUGAAUUAUGUGGAAAAUUUCAAAGGAGAUAUUUCGGGAGCUAUUGUAAUUACUUGGGCAUUAUAUGGUAUUGCAUGUGAACAAUCUGAUCCAUGGAUACAUUGGACGGCAUUAGUUUACGCUUUUAUUGCAACUUUCUUUGUUUUAAAACCUAUUGCCUCAAAAUAUUACUUUGGUUCUCGCGAAGAACAAUCUCGAUUAUUGGGUUAG